AUGUUUAAAUUUGUGAAUUUUUGCUACUUGUUUUUAACAAUAGCGGCGGCAAGCAGUAGCCAUUGUGAAGACUAUAAGAUAGACGUUUCAGAAGACAGCGAUGGAAAGGAUACAAGAGCAAGGCCAGGAGAGUUUAAUAUGCUAUGAAUAUGAAUUGUGGCAGCCUCACUGUUUUUCAUAGGAAUUUUAAUAAGCAUUGUUAGAGAUAUAGUUCCAAGACCUCCACGUGGUGAUACUGAAGAUCGAUAUUCUUCAGGAGAAAGCAAACAAAUAAUUCGAUUUUUCUUGGUAUAAAAUAUUCAGGAAGAAUACUUAGUAACUGGAUGAUUAUUCACUAAACUUGAGCCAAGGUUUUCAGUCACAGCAAGAUGGUGUUUGAUUUUUUCGAUUAUUUUUACAGAGAUGCUCAUUACAGGAGCUCUCUACAAAAACGACAGCCGAUCUGCAGGCGACUACGAUAAGUUUAAAGAUCUGGAUAUUGGAUAUUCAGUAGUGUCAACAGCUAUUGCAUUUAUUGCUUAUCUAGUAGCAUAUGGACUUUUAGUAACUCACGAUAACAAUAGCAGCGGCGCUCAUCGAUAUCGGCGCUGCUUUGGGUAUUUUUUUGCUGGAAUCCUCUUUGGAGUGACCACUAUUUUUGUAUUUGUUUUUACCUAUCAAAUGAAUGAUAACCAUGACGAUAAUUAUAGUGGUUUAUACCUAUUUAAAUUAUUUUGACUAUUAUUUUACUAUUCUAACGCAUCAAUUUUGGUUUAAAUUCUCUAUAAAUAGGUAUAGUGACUAAUUGGAUGAAAGCUUUUGGAUUAUCCUUGCUUCUUGAAAUGCUAGUAUCAGAGAACAUUCGAAUAACAACUACAGCAAUUUUGAUAUGGGCUCACAGAUAUGACCCAGAAGAUCCUUUACCCACAUCUAUCGAAAUGACAGUGACAGAUCGUUACCAAAGACACGAAAAACAAAGGCUUUCUCAAGAUGAAUAUUAUGAUUAG